CUGUCUUCUCAGUGGCAGCUCCUGCCUGCUGCAGGAUGUUUAUAUAUGGGAGCACUGUGGCAGAGUGCUGGAAAUGUGGUGUCAGCUUACACAGCUGCGUCACCUAUAAGGACAGUGACUUCAGUCAGAUAAGGACCUCAUGGGUAUCAACUAAAUCAGGGCAUGAUUUUUUUUUUUUUUUUUUGUCAUUGUUUUCUUUUUAAAGCAUAGUUUCAGUAAUAUAUUUCAACCUUAAGGCAUUAUGAAAAAACUCACUAUUUGGAAUCCUAUCCUGCUUGGCUAAAUUAACACUAAAUAUAGACCAACAACAGUUUCAUGCUGGGGUUUAUGGCCUUCAUAGGAACACUUUUGUACUGAAGGAAGGCAAAGAAAGAACUACAGAAUUUGUAGAAAAUUUUUGUUGUAGUUGCUCCUGAAUAAUUAGAGUUUUUUUGUUUUGUUUUGUUUUUUUUUUUGUUUGUUUUUCCUGGUAACCUACCAGUCAAAGCUCACAUUUUUGGACAAUGAACCAUUCUUCCCAGGACACUGGCUCUGGUGGCAUUUAUGAAGAUGGAAAGCUUUAUGUUGUGGAUUCCAUAAAUGACUUAAACAAACUGAAUCUCUAUCCUGCUGGACCUCAGCACGUGUUCCCUCUAGAGGAGAAAAUCCCAGUCCUGGGCACAAACUCAGGAAGUGGAAGCAGGAAUCUAUAUUUUGUGGGGCUGCUAAUUAUGCUGAUUGUCAGCUUGGUCCUGGUUUCCUUCGUGAUAGUUCUAAUAAUUCAAACUGGAAACAAGAUGGAUGACGUGUCAAGAAGACUAAUGGCUGAGGGAAAGGACAUAGACGACCUUAAGAAAAUCAACAACAUGAUCGUAAAGCGGCUCAACCAACUGGAUUCUGCACAGAACUGAAGAAGUGAUUUUCCAAGAGCACCUUUACUUGGAGUGUACUGGGUUAAGAAUUGAGAAAGCGCAUUUUUUUAGGCCGCAGACUAUCUGAUGAGAGAACCUAGCCCUGGGGCUGCGUUCUGCAUCCCUGGAGGUGGUGGUUUGAGACAGUAGCUCAAAGGGCCAGUGGGUCUCAGCUCCAUUUUCCAGUAAGGUGCUUCAACUUUAAGGGGGUUCAGGGCAGGUGGUUAGCAAGGUGAAGAAUCCAUAGAAAGAAGAGAAUUUGGCUAUGUACUUAUAACUUCUCUUUCAAAAGAAGCUUUGUCACCAGAACACAUUCACCAUGCCAAUGAGGCUAAUGGCACAUCAGGCACCUUACAAAUUCCCGUGAAAGCCUGAGGAAUGCCCUGAAUUUUAUGUGUUGAAGGGAACCAGGUGAUCAUUCUUUUCAAUAAAAGCGAUUCUGCUCCA